AUGCGAAAAAACAUAUUUUCCGCUUCCCCGCGUCACGGCCGCUUCACGAAACUCACCGCAAAAACCUCAACGGACUUGAUACAUUCAUCAAACGAAGAACGCUCCUUAAUCCGACCAAAAUAUAGAGAGCCACACAGCGUCUUGCUAAAUGGGAAUACGCGCAGCUACGUGUCGGGGAAAGCGAAAGGAAUCCUACCCCUACAAGAUAAGGUCGCAAUUGAGUUUCUCACUUGUAAUAAUAUUCAAGAAUACGAAACGUGUCAUUCGCCUUCGACUCACGAUAACCUGCGGCACGUCGCGCCCCGCGCGGCGCGCCAGUCGCGCACUCGCCUGUCCAUAGUGUGGACGUGUCAUUGUAAAGUGGAACCACUUUUGGCGGGUACUAGUACACGAGUCGCAGUGAAAUCUGUGACUCGAACACUUGGAUUGCAGUGUUGGAUAUGGAAUAGUGUUUUUUUUUUUAACCAUCUUGGAUUGUGUCUCGGU